AAAUGACCGUUUAUUGCUGUUGGAUGAGAGAAUCCAUUCAUCUGGAGUUUGUCACUAUCGUUUACGACGCCGUUCGCUGGAGAAUAAUUUGAUGGGAUAAUUGAAUACCGAAAUUGCUGGAUUUCUGAAACAGUCAAAUCACCCAUCAAGUAUGGAAGGGAGGUUUGGAUGUCUUUUAAAAAAAUAAGAAUAGAAGUUAUGAAUUGAACAAGCUUGUGCAGCAUUAAGUGAUGUACAAAAUAUAUUGGUAAUUUUAUUUGCAGACUACGUUCCUGUAAUGAAACAUUCUGUUGGGUUCUUUAAGUUUGAGAGCAAUGAAGCUGAAAGAAUAUCUGAUGAGAGUAAAAGAAGAAAUAAAAGAACGACAUUUUUGGAAAAGUGUUCGUUGUGAGUUUUUUGGUACUUUGCUCUAUGUAUUGUUUGGAUGUGCAGCAACGGUUACUUGGAACGCAGACAACCAUGAUCCCCACAAGAUAAUCCGGAUUAGUCUCAGUUUUGGAUUCAUUGAAUAUAUUCUGGUUUCUUCUGUUAGUCAUGCCAGUGGAUCACAAUUUAAUCCAGUUAUUACAAUAUCUAUGCUUUGCACUAAAUACAUAACUUUCUUCAGAGCAACUUGUUACAUUUUUGUGCAACUUAUCGCGGGAAUUAUAUCGUCUGCUAUUAUAUAUGGAUUGGUACCCGAGUAUUCGCGAGAUCAUUUUGGAAUCAAUGUUCUUAAUCCAGAUGUUUCUCGAGGACAAGCGUUUGGAAUUGAAUUUCUAGGAACGUUUUUGUUUGUUUUUGCAUAUUUUUCUUCACUGAGGAAGAAAAACGAAAAACUGAUGCCAAAAGCUCUUCCGUGUGGCGUUUCUAUAGCGUCUGCUCACCUUUUUACGACUGAAGCCACUGGAUGUGGUAUCAAUCCCGCGAGGACCCUAGCUCCAGCAAUUUUCCAUAAUGCAUGGUCUAAUCAUUGGAUAUUUUGGAUUGGGCCGAUUCUUGGUGGCAUCAUCGGUGCAUUUACUUUCGAGUACACUCGAGAUUGUUCGAUACAACUGAGGAAUCCGCAGAAUGAGGUCUCAAACCAACUCGUGUACAGUCUUGGAAACAAAGACGACGCUGCCAGCAAUUUUUCGCUCAAUACUGAAGUUCCGGGAGAACCGAAUGAGAUUAUAGACGAACUGUAGAAAAAAAAAUUGUUAAGACAGAAUAUGUGAAAGAAAAAUCUUUUGUCAGUAUUAUGUUCUCGUACUUUAUUUUCUUAUCCAUCCAAACUUCGACGAGAUAGACUGUCAGUCUAUACGCUUUUGUUGACUUGAAUUCAAAAUUGAUGACUUUGAACUAUUAUAGGUUUUGAGGUCGCACAGUUCCAAACUUUGUUGUAUAGUUUUCAUCAUUAUUCACAAAUAUCAUACUCACAUUGUCGACCCACAAAAUAAUCGUUGGGUUCUACAAAUACACUAAUAAUCACACAGUCCCAUUUUAUUUUCGCCCCUUUCGCCCUCUCCGCAAGUGGGCGAAUUUUAGAGCUUGGCGAAUUCAAAGAAGGCAAAGUGAAUCAUUUAAAACAACUAUGUCUUGGCAAAGUCAAAACGGGGCAAAAUUGUUUUGCUAGUAUGAGAGGGCGAAAAUAACCUUAUAUACAGUAUGUCCUUCGCCAUGUGAACGGGAAAUUUUUUUUACUCUGA